UCAUGACCUGAGCCAAAGGCUGAUGCCCAACUAUCCUAGCCAUCCAGGCGCCCCUAAAAAAAUUGUUUUAAGUAGACUCCAUGCCCAGCAUCGAGCUUGAACGCUUGACCCUGAGAUCCAGCAUCAUCUGCUCCACUGUCUGAGGCUGCCAGGACCUCGCUGCCUGCUUUUUAUCUGUUUGUUUGUUCAUUCUUUAUAAGAGGUUUCACUUUAAGUUCUGGGUCAAGUUUUUUUUUUAAUCGGAAAUAGGAUUUGCAAAUUAUUUUUUCCUGUCUGUGGCUUACCAUUUCAUUUUUCAGUGGUGUCAUUUGAAGUGCAACAGUGUUCGGUCUUGGUGUUGCUACUUGGAAAGGGGUGUGGAAAUCCACCACCGUCUAGGCCCCUGACCCCUGUCCUGUUACCACUGUGCGCACUGGGGACUCCGGCGGGAGGUGCACGGCUUUUGCAUUCAGCCACCAAACAUAUUUCAGAGGACGUAAGAGGAGAAGACUGAGUGUCAUAUUAGCACAGAUUCUUAACCCCUGCUCGCCUGAGUUGCCCGCCAGUGCUGCACCCGUUAACCCUUUCACAGCAGGUCUCCUGCCCUGAAGGCUCUUAGUUUUUUUUUCAUAAGAGAAAAUGUCCUUAUUUCACAGUUAUUUCUAAUCAGUAUUUAAAUUGGCUACAAAAUCCUUUCCUUUCAGCACUUUUAAAAUGUUCUACUUUCCUCUGGCCUCUAUGCUUUUGAAUAAGAAAUUUGCAGUCAUUUGAAUUGCUGUUCCCUCUAAGUGAUGUGACUUCUUUCUUUGUCUGUAUUUUGUAGCAAUUGGAUUAUGACGUGUUUGGUUGUGACUUUCUUUAUGUUUAUCCAGUGGGGGGGUUCACUGAGUUUCCUGAAUCUGCUGGCUUAUGCCUUUUGCCACAUUUGGGAAGCAUGUAGCUGUCAUUUCCUUUGUCCACCACGAUCCUGCUUUUCUCUUCCUGGGACUCCCAGGACAUGCGUUUGGUGUUGUCUGGCAGUGUCCUGAGCCCUGAAUGUCUGAAGCGCAUUUUUAAUAAAAGUGUUUUUUUUCUCUCAGUUGUUCAAAAUGGGUACUUUUAUCAACUGUUGUCAGGUUUGCUGGCUCUUCUCAAGUGUAUGCUGUGCUGUUUAGGUAGGUUUUGUAUUUUCUGAUGGUAUUGUGGAUUUUUUAGAGUGCAUGUUUUCUGGUCCUCUCAGGAGGUUUUGGGACAGAAAUCCAUCAUGGCCUAAAAUCCAGAAACCUUUCUGAGACCUAGAUUUGGAUAUAUCACUCCCAUUCCAUGAAAUCAUGGCUAGCUGUUGGCAAUAAGAAAGUGUCUAGCUUAGGGGCGUCUGGUUCAGGUCCUGACCUCUGGGUCGUGAGAUUGAGCCCCAUGUCAGGCUCCGUGCUCAGUGGGGAGUUGGCUUGAGAUUCUUUCUCCCUCUGCCCCCCCACCCUGCAGGCUGGCUCGCUCUCUCUCUCUCAAAUAAAUCUUUAAUAAAAAAAAGAAAGAGAAAGUGUCUGGGUCGUUUAACUGCAGUCGGCCCUGCCUCCCAUGCAGCCUUUAAUCUAAUCACUACCUUACGCCCUGUGAUCUUGUCUAACUAAACUGUUUGCACCUCUUGAACUCUAGCAGCUUUGGGGUCUCAUUGGAGCUGUCAGCUCCCAGAAUGCCUUUGCAUCCCCAUUUUUGUGGAAAGCACUGCUAAUUUCCUAAAACUCAUCUCAAGCUUUACCUCUUGGAGAGACCCUAAGCUGACGUCAAACUGACGCUCUCGCUUUGACCCACAUUGUACUCUCCCUUCAUUUCUGCCCCUGCUGUUACAGUAGCUUGUUUUAUGAAUAGGUAUGUAUGUUUCCAGCCCUCUGCAAGGCUGUGCAGCUUUUAGAGUGUUGUUUUACUAUCUUUUCUUUUGGUACUACUCUUCUGGUGCCAAAGUUGAGGUUCAGUACAUACUUUGUUUGGAAGAUUUAAGGUUGUGAAUUCCAAUUGUCAGGAAUCGUAUGAAUGGAGGGAUGGCAUUUUAUCCCAGAGACGUAAUGCGAAGGAGAUGCAGUUGUCAUUCUCCAUAGCUUGCUGUGAUGAGAGUGAUGUGCUCAAACUCCAGUCUUCCUUUCCCAUGUCACAUAGCGAUCCUUGCUUCAGACUCACCGGGACUGUGCUCUUACAGGAGGCAUUCUCAUUUGAAGAUUUAUCUGUGGACUUCACCCAGAAAGAAUGGCAGCUCCUGAACCCCGGCCAGAAGGACUUGUACAAGGAUGUCAUGUUGGAGAACUACAGCAGCCUCGUGUCGCUGGGGUAUGAAAUUAUGAAACCUGAUGUCAUCUUCAAGUUGGAGCAAGGAGAGGAGCCGUGGAUUGGAGAUGGAGAAGUUCCAAGUUCAGGAUGUCCAGAACAAGUCUUGCAAGUAAAUGGUCACAUGACAUGGCACCAGGAUAACCAGGAGAAGCUUAGAAAUACGAAACAAGAUCAUGAAUGUGAUGCAUUUGGAAAAAAAUUCAAUCUGAGCAUGAACUUUGUUCCUUUAAGGAAAUCAAACAGUGAAGAUGAUGUAGAUGGAUUACUUUUAAAACAGCACUUAGAUUUACUUAUUCCAAACUCAGAUUAUGGAAAAACGGAACCAGAUGGCUUAACUGUAUUUGAUAAAUUGUUUCUCCAUACCAAGCCCGAGGAAACUGAUACUUGGUUAAAAUACUAUGAAUAUGAUAAAAUUAGCUCUAAGAAGUCGCAGAUUAUCAUAUAUCACAGAACUCGUUUAGGAGAGAAACUUCUUGAGUGCAGUGAAUGUAGGAAACGCUUCAGUAAGAAAUCCAGUCUCAUUAAACAUCAGACCAGACAUAUAAGAGAGAUCGCCUAUGGCUGUGGUAAGUGUGGUAAAACCUUUCCCCAGAAGUCCCAGUUUGUUACGCAUCACAGAACUCAUACAGGAGAGAAGCCUUACAAUUGUGGCCAGUGUGGGAAAGCCUUCUCCCAAAAGUCGCAGCUCACAUCCCAUCAGAGAACACACACAGGAGAAAAACCAUAUGAAUGUGGGGAAUGUGGGAAAGCUUUCUCCCGGAAGUCACAUCUCAUCUCACAUUGGAGGACACACACAGGUGAAAAACCCUAUGGGUGCAAUGAAUGUGGGAGGGCCUUUAGUGAGAAGUCAAAUCUUAUUAAUCAUCAGAGAAUUCAUACAGGAGAGAAACCUUUUGAAUGCAGAGACUGUGGGAAAGCUUUCAGCAGGAAGUCACAGCUCGUUACACAUCACAGGACUCACACAGGAACAAAACCCUAUGGAUGUAGUGAUUGUAGAAAAGCCUUCUUUGAGAAAUCAGAGCUCAUUAGACAUCAGACAAUUCAUACUGGAGAGAAGCCCUACGAAUGCAACGAAUGUCAGAAAGCCUUCAGAGAGCGGUCGAGUCUCAUUAACCACCAGAGAACUCACACAGGAGAGAAGCCUCAUGUGUGUGUUCAGUGUGGGAAAGCCUUCUCCCAGAAGUCACAUCUCAUAUCCCAUCAGAUGACACACACAGGAGAGAAACCCUUCGUGUGCAGUAAAUGUGGGAAAGCCUUCAGCAGGAAAUCUCAGCUUGUUAGACACCAGAGAACUCACACAGGAGAAAAACCCUAUGAAUGCAGUGAAUGUGGGAAGGCUUUCAGUGAAAAAUUAAGCCUUACUAAUCAUCAAAGAAUUCAUACAGGAGAAAAGCCCUAUGUAUGCAGUGAGUGUGGGAAGGCUUUUUGUCAGAAGUCACAUCUCAUAUCCCAUCAGAGGACUCACACAGGAGAGAAACCCUACGAAUGCACUGAAUGUGGGAAGGCCUUCGGUGAGAAGUCAAGUCUUGCAACUCAUCAGAGAACUCAUACAGGAGAAAAACCAUACGGGUGCAGGGAUUGUGAAAAAGCCUUCUCCCAGAAGUCACAGCUGAAUACUCACCAGAGAAUCCACACAGGAGAGAAACCCUACGUAUGCAGUCUUUGUAGGAAAGCUUUCUUUGAGAAAUCGGAGCUGAUUAGACAUCAAAGAACUCAUACAGGAGAAAAACCCUAUGAAUGCAGUGAGUGUGGGAAAGCCUUCAGGGAGAAGUCAAGCCUUAUUAAUCAUCAGAGAACACACACAGGCGAGAAACCCUUUGAGUGCAGUGCAUGUGGCAAAGCCUUUUCUCGGAAAUCACACCUCAUACCACAUCAGAGGACACACACUGGGGAGAAGCCCUACGGCUGCAGUGAAUGUAGGAAAGCCUUCUCUCAGAAGUCACAGCUUGUUAAUCACCAGAGAAUUCACACAGGAGAGAAGCCCUACCAAUGCCAUGAAUGUGGGAAGGCCUUCUCCCAAAAGUCACAGCUCAUUAAUCACCAGAGAACUCACACAGUGAAGAAAUUCUAGGAAUGGAGUUACUACUCGUCUUUGACAGAGAUCUCACUCUUCGUACUUCAGAAAACACAGUUAGGGUAAAUCUUUCAGAUAAAUAUUUGCAUCACAUUGUAUGUCUGUCUGGGUAAUCUUUUAGGGUAGGAACUCUGAGGUUAUGUAGGGAGAGCUUUCAGCAGGUUAACCUGUUCAUGUAAGAACCCCGAGAGUAGAGAUGCAGUGGAUUUCAAAACCCUGUCAGACAUACAGUGGGAAAUGAAAAGCAACGAGGAAUAAAUACUGUGAACAUCAGAAAUCCUUGCGGAGGUCCCACCUCAUUCACUGUUGGAAAUAUCCCCACUGGGGUAAACUCUAGUCCAGUAAGUGAAGAAAAACCUCUUGACUGCAGCAAGUAAUGUCAUAUUUUCAUCAAGAAGUCACAGCUCAUUGUGCAUUGAGAAAAUACUCUCAGGAAUGAAGCCCAGUGAAAAUGCUAAAUAUGGGACAUUCUUCAGCAGGUAAUCCAACCAUAUUGUAUUUUGGGGGAAUUCAUAUUGUGGGUAAAACUAACAAUUUAAAGACCUUGGAAACAUGUGCCCCUAGAAAUAAGGCUAUAAAGGGAAGCCAUACAUUUUUUUAUAGACGGGGUUAUCAAAAAUGCCCAAUUCUAAUGGUUGGUAUGUUCACUCUGAAGAAUGAAGUUUUAAAAAUAUGUGAAUAAAUUGAGUCAUUGAAACAUCUAAA